AGAAUUCUUACUCUGGACUUCAUCUGCCUCCUUGUUUUGAAACCUCUAACUUGUCAGGAGGCCUGCUCGUUGCUGCCCCUCUCUCGUUGGCCUCAGAUCAUUGAUUCGGAGGAGAACUUUAAGAAGAAGUUCCCUGGCAUCUACAAACCUCGUAAACCAGAACAAGCUUCCGCUUACUUAGACUUUUCAGUUUCCAGCACUGGUGUGUCGCCUUUAUACAUUUUAUACUCUCCCAAUCGCACUCUCUCUGGUGUCCGUGUAACUCACGCUGUGGCUAGUGCUAUUUGCCGUGCGCAAAAGGUUCAAUGUGAAUUUUAUCCAACUCGGGAGGUUGUGCUCUGUCUAGAACCUUACACGGGAAUCGGGUUCACACUUUGGGCGCUCACUUCAGUUUAUUGUGGUCACCACUCUAUUUUGGUGCCGCCCAGCGCCUUAGACACAGCACCAGAGUUAUGGCUUUCUCUUUGCAGCCAGCGAAAAGUGCUAGUUUGUACGAUGAUAAUGACUUUAAAAUUCUAUGCCGACACAUUUGUAUUUAUCUCAUGGAGAUAA